AUGGUUUUUAAUAUGGUAUCGAGUAUGCUCAAAAUGUACUUUGACGAAAAUGCCGCCAGAAACAUUAAUCAAAAUAUUUUGUUGGAUCUGUUGCAUUUCAUUAAAAACGCUAUAAUUUGUUACAAUGACCAAGUUGAACUGUUUAUCAAAGCUAGAGGAAUAGAACACAUAUUGAACGCCUUAACCAUUUCAAAAUAUCCCAUGCAGCUAGUAAUGCUGUCGACACUCGUGGAUUUGGUUGUAUUCAAAUCAGCCAAAUGUCGUAUUAAGAAGUGGAAAUCCACCAAGACAGGAAAAGGUUAUUUGGAAUUGGUGUGCGAGAUUUGGAGACGAGAAUUAGUCCGGUUUAACUUCAUAGAUGACGAAUUCAUAUUCCAGGAGCAACGGGACGCUACCACGGCGACAAACUUAGCCAGCCUCUGCAGUCCGACAGUGGAGUCCAUGUUCCUGUGCGCUCAGCCGAAGAUUUAUUUGCUCGUGCAAUUGGUCGAGUUUGCCGGGUUGGAAAAUUCUCGGCUGCACGAAAGGUCCCGGGACGAGCCCGACAACGAUAUCGAGGAAAGCACGAUUCGGGCUUGUGGUCUGGUGUCCGGUCUCCAGGAUAAAGCCAUCGUGGCGCACAUUUAUCACUAUUAUUCGUUGAAAGUCGGAGAGGUCUGGAACGAAAACUAUAUCGUCGCGACCACCGGUAACGUCGACGGCGUGGAGUUGUCACCCGCCAUAUCGCAGUCAGCCGAUGCCAUGGCAGUCCGGCAAGCGUACUUAAUCGCGUUGAUCACAAUGAUCAAAAGUCGUGUCACUGAACUGCACGUGGGCAAGUCGGUAAGUCAUAGAUGUUACAAUAUUUUUGUGCAAUAA